GGUUUUCAUGUGUAGUAUUUGGUUUGUUGGGGCGUUUUCUUUAGAAGCGGAUGUGGUGGUGUUAAGGGCGGUGCGUGGGAGAGACGCGAGGCUACCGUGUGGCCAAGGAAAAGUAUUUCUAGACGGACCUGAUUCCUAUGUGCUUUGGCUGAAAAAUGACAGAGAUUUUCUAUAUCGUUUCCCCAACGAAAAUUCUGGGAGCAGGUCACUAAACCAGGACCGUAUUUUCGGAACGUCCUGUGAAUCCGGCUCGUGUCACGAUGACACCUCACUCUUGCUCAAGCGGGUGUCUGACCAAGAUGCAGGCAUUUACAGAUGUCGAGUGCAUUACCAGGCUUCACCUUCUCAGGACUAUGUCAUCGACGUGAGACUGGUUGAGAGUCCAGGCAUGCCAAGAGUAUACAGCAACUCAGGAGUUCUAAUCAAACAGGGAUACGUCGGCCCCCUCAGUCUAGGGUCUGAUCUAACACUCGUCUGUGAGGUUGAUGACGAACAACCGGACACACUGGUAUACUGGCGUCGUAACGGCGUGGUGAUCGAGCGUGCGCACGAGGCGCGGCCGGGCGUGCUGCGGGCGGAGGUGCUCGUGAGCAAUGCGACGCGCAGCGAGCUCGAUGCGCAUUACGAAUGCCUUGCGCAGAACGCUGACGUUACCGAAGCACUCACUGCCAGUGUCGUUAUUAGGAUGUACUUGCCGCCCAUUAGUGUAGAGAUCCGUUUGAACCACAACUUUAACUUCGAGGCGGGGCAACCCCGAGUAGUCGACUGCGUGGUGGUAGGUUGUGUGCCACCUCCAUCGAUCACUUGGCAUCUAGGAGAUAAUCUGCUCAGACCCAGUGUACACAAGGAGUUACAUGACGGCAACUACACUGUGUCCUCGCUUACUUUGGCGCCGUCGCUGAGAGACAACAAACGCAAGCUAGUGUGCAGAGCUCACAAUUCCCAUUUGCCUGAUGAAGUGUUCGAAGACGAUGUCACUCUGAAUGUUGGAUAUCGACCGUUGUGCUUAACAUCUCGCGAAGAGACAGUGGGCGCUGUCCAACGAGAAGCGGAGACUUUGACGUGCAUCGUCGAGGCUUCGCCAGAACCUAUUCAAUUCAGCUGGACUUUCGCUGAUUCUAAAACUUUAUACACCAGCGUCAAAAAAGUACCAGGACAUCAUCAUCGUUACUCUUCAACUUUAACAUGGCUACCUCGAGACGGAGAUUUCGGACUGCUUUAUUGUCGAGCUACAAACAGUUUUGGAGAACAAAAGAAACCGUGCACUUAUUCGAUAACAUCUGGAGGGCCGCCUCAAUCCCCGGACUGUAGUAUACUACGUUCAUAUCCCCACACUGUACGUGUUGAAUGUCAAAAAGGAUGGGAUGGAGGUCGGCCUCAAAUCAUCCAUUUAGAACUAUUCGGCAGCGAAGGAGGACUAUUACACAACGUCUCCAAUUCGGCUGGCCAUUUCCACUUGUCUGAUGUGGAGGAAGACAACAACUUGACUGCUAUACUAUACGCAAGCAACAAUAGAGGAAGGAGUUCAUCUAAAACUAUGUACCUUCAGGCUGCCUCAACGUUAAAUGCCUCAGCUAUAACAGAACAUCCUACAGUUACACUGAAAGGGCAGUGGUUGCAAGCACUGGCGGGGUUGUUAACUAUCAUUGUAAUCAUCGCCAUAGUUGGCGUCUGCUUACGGAUGAGGUGUAAACAGGAAGACUCGGAGAGUCCCGACCUGGUUCUCCGUUCUGACGGUGUAUUCCACCGUGAACCAGAUUUCGAACGUGAAGAACGACUACUCCGUACGACUAAUAUUACAGUCAACCAAUUAGCCGCUUGCCAAAACCAAUACGCAUCAUCGCCAGUGCCAUCUUGUCGGGUAUUAGUUGGAUGUGGCUCACGAUUACCACCACAAGAUACGUGUCCCGCAAGUCAGCACUCUUACUUCGUUUAAAUUGGAACACUACACAAAGUUUAUAUUGAAAUUAGUAACUUGAACCAUGUG